AUGAUUGUAGCAUUUUCUUGUAAUGUGAUGAAGUGUCUAUGGUGGAUAUUAGGUUUAGGAUUACUUGAUUUCACCAUGAAUGAAUCUCAUUGGAUGACAGAGGGUAUGGCAGCUAAUCUGUCAUUGUUUCAUAAAUUAUGUGUCAAAAACCAUUCUAAACAUGUAUAUGUAUGCAGCUUACCUUCAUCAAAAUAUUUUAGAAAUACUGUAAAAUACAAAAGGAUGCUAGUUUUUAGAAUUAGUAACACAGACAUCAGAGUCUUGUUUAGUUCACAUCAAAUCAAUCUUCCAAAUGCUAGUGUUUCCUACAGAGCUGGAUCUAAUUUUGAGAUACCAUUGUACAGAGAGGACAUUUCAAAAAGCCUGCAUGUAUUUUAUGAAGGAAAACUUGUAGUUUCUGGCCUUUUCUUACCUUUUAGUGCUGAGUGGAAUGGAGUUCAGUUCACAGGAAGGACAUACUUUCCUACAUUUUUCUUUAAAUUAACCUGCAGAGUUUCUGAAUCAAUUUUUUAUAUGAAAGAUCAUUGUUUGCAUUGUACAAUAACUUGUUCAAAUACUGAGCUUAUUCAGAAACACAGCCACACAUUCCCAGAUCAUACAGAUUUUCUGGAAACUGAUGAUGAAUAUCCUGGCAUUUAUUAUAGUCAGAUCUUAUCUGUGAAAAGUCAGUUGUACAGAAAACAUAGAAGUGCUGAUGUGUUUGCACCAGUACCUUUGAGCUGUGUCCUUCAUCUUGUGGCCGACCAUUUGUUCUUUAAAUAUAUGGCUGAUGGUUCAGUAGUAAAUGCCAUAAAUGUUAUGUUUAGCAUUGUAAAUGGUGCAGACGCCAUAUUCAGGUCAACAGAUUUUGAUGGAGAUAAUCGUGGUGACAACAUAGGAUUUCUAAUAGGGAAAGUCACAGUCUUUUCAGACAUUCGUGAUCACAGCUACAUCUUAACACAUUCCUAUUUGACAGCUGCUGAUUACCUGAAAAUCUUUUCACAUUACGAUUUUGAUGACUACUGUCUGGGCUUAGCUUUCACCUACAGAGAGUUUGAUGGACUGGGAGGUUCUGCUUUUCAAGCACAUUCAGAUGAAUCUUUGCCAGGAGGAAUUUGUCAGAAACGGUUGAAACACAAUCUACACAUGGUUAGUUACAAUACUGUUGUAACUACUUUUCUGAGUUACGGAAAAACACUGAAGCUGAGCAGAGUUGUUUUAAUUCUAGCACAUGAAAUGGGUCAUGCUUUUGGGGCCAGACAUGACAACACCACUGAUUGUCUCCCAGGUGGUAAAUCUGGGCAGUUUUUAAUGAGCGCAAAAAUAAAAUCAGGAAAACUUCCAAAUAAUCCAAGGUUCUCAGUCUGCAGCAUUAGAGCUAUGCUUCCAGUCAUCAAGAAAAAAGGUUCUUGUCUUGUUUCUAAUAAUCAAAUCUCCCAGUGUGGGAAUACAGUCCCAGAGAUUGGGGAAGAAUGUGACUGCGGCACCAGCAACAUUUGUCAUGCCAUUGAUCCAUGUUGCACUCCAGCAGAUGUAGAAGAGAAUGAGGACACACCGUGCACUGUCCGGCGCUCCAGAGCAAAGCUGUGUUCGCCUAAGGUACAUCCAUGCUGCUCUGAGUCCUGCACUUAUGUAUCUUCAAAUGUCAGAAAAGUGUGUAAUGAAUUAUAUGAUUGUUCUUCUCUUUCAUUUUGUGAUGGCCUAAGCUCUCACUGCCCCUUCAUGGGUCAUUUACCAAACGGAACUUUGUGCAACCAUGGAUUUCAAGUGUGCAAUGGUGGGAAAUGCUCAGAGGGAGUGUGUAAGUAUUAUAACCUCACUAACUGUGUCUGUACUGAACUUGGCAGUCAGUGCAAACUUUGCUGCAAAGAUCCUCAGACAUCAGCAUGUCGACCUGCAAGCAGUUUUGGGAUACCAAACAUACAUGUAGAGAUACAUCAUGAACCUGGUGAACAGUGCCAUGCCAAUGCCUUUUGUGACUUAUCCCUAGAAUGCAAAGAAAAGGACACCUCUGCAGUUUCAGAAAAUGAAGAUUUAGGAUUUAGAAUAAUCAAUGACUUGAUCAGAAAUGUAAAAAAUUACUGGUUGUGUUACAUAUUUAUAGGAUACUGGAUAGUGUUCUCUGCUGUGGUGCUACUUCUUCCAUAUCGUUUUACUGAUAGCAAUCACAUUAAAGCCCUCAGAUAUGGGAAAAUGAUGGCUGUGUUUGCUACAGGACAAUACCAGACUAAAAUUUAUAGACAAACUCUAACAGAUAUUGAUGAACACUACACUAUUUUGAUUCUGAGACUUCGCAAUGGCUAUGAACAAAUGGAUUUCAUUGAAGCUAUGGGAAGACUGAAACUCUUUUUUCCAGAAGUACACAUGAGAUAUUUAUCACGUAUUGCUAAGUUAAGUGCAUCAGAGAGCACAGCUGUCAAAAUAUUACUCCUGCAAGGUUUCAAGAUAAGAACAUUUACAAAAGCAACAGCCACAUCUCAGUAA